AUGUCCCACAUCAUCCCAUCCAGGACCCGGACGGACCUUGAUGGAAUGAGGCUCCUGUCGUUCCGACGGAGUGACACUGUCUACGGCUCCAUCCUGCUAUUGGAUAAGGCACACAUCUCAUCCAGCAGUGUGGAUGUAUAUCCCUCUGUCCCUGCCACCUCUCCGGUCGUUGGCGCCGUAUAA